AACGCAAUGGGGAAUGUGGCUAUGGCUGUAUCAACGCCAUUUUAGAAAUUGUGAGAUCUGUUCUUCGACAGAAAAUGGUGAAUAAAGCGUGUUCAACUGAAAAUUAUUAGCGUGAAAAGUCUUGUUCUACCUGUUUAUCUCUGUUUAUUUGGACAUUCGUGAUAUUUUACUUCGUUGAUGAAUUAAAUUCAAUCAGGUCACUGUUGGAUGCAUACUUUCGUGGCAUUGUGCCACUUCAGUACUUCUUGAAAAGCAACUCAAGACCAGUAGCGAAUUAAAUCUGCCUGAUGAAAUCCCUCUUAAGGAGUGAAGUAUUCCAGGAAAGGAUUCUAUAAUCAACAUACCAUUUGUAAUAGACAUUACUUUGCGGCGACAACUGUGAAGGUGAUGCUGGUAAUUUGCUACAACGGAAUACAGAACAGAGUAAACACUACCUACAUAAAAAACUAAACAAAAAAUAGUUUUUUUUGCUGAUGAAGAUUUACUGACAGUAUGAGCACCUUGGGGGGAUCUAGGGGAGAGCGUAAUGCCAAACCCAAAUUCGCAGCAUUAGACAUUAAUAAGCUGUACAUAACCAGCCGUGUAAGUUCAAUAUACGAUGUACGAAAAUAUAUUAUUGUGUUUGUACAAAAAAUGUUUAAUAAAUCUUGAACAAUUUCAGGGAGAAUCGUUUGAGCCAUCGACACAAAAAAGUACUGCUCCUCGCAAGCAUGGCAUGCAAAGUUUGGGAAAGGUUCCAACGGCCCGUCGUCCACCAGCAAACCUUCCAUCUUUAAAAGCAGAAGUAGGAAAUCCCGGCGAACAGUCUGGCAGCUGGACUAACGAACUUAACGAAGGACAAUACGUCAGCCAGAGUCCAAAUCAUUCAACGGAAGAAGUCAACAAAAUACCAAAUUUAUCUAUUUCUAAAAGUUCGACUCAACGCCACACUUCGUCUCCUAACAUUUCAAAACCGGGCGAAUUAUCAUGGAACACGGUAGUGCAAAUGAUUAAGCAAUACUUUUGAUAAAACCUUAAUUUAAUUUUCUCAAUUUCAUGUAGAGCGAGUUCCCUUCAUUGGACGGCACUGGUUCGUAUGGGGGGGGAACAACAAAAUCUCAACUAUUCCAAGAACAUUAUUCCGGAACUUCUCAAACCAAUCAUCAAGCCGACAUUCGUUCACAAUUGAAAGCACCUUGCGGCCAAGGAACCAGUAUUGCUACGGAGGAUUUAGAUGGUGGUGGAAACUUCCUAGGUGGUUUGAACAGUUGUCAGGUCACAGCGGGAUCGUCUCAAUCGUCUCCUCUGCCCCCCCAGUUCAGAGCUCUUUUGCCACCCUUUAUGCAACGAGGGAGCGAAAGCGUUUUGUUAGGAAACGAAAACGAAGGAGGCUCCUUGUCGCCAAUACCUUCACAAACUUCAAUUUUUUCUACGAUACCAGGAAUGUGCAACGAUUCCAAAAACAGCAGUACUGCCCAUAAUGUGACCACCAAUUACAAUACGGACAACAGAAAAAUGAACAGCAAUGGUGGCAACAACUGCAGCAGCAGCAGCCAUAAAUCCAACAAUAAUGGAGAAAAGAUUAGCAACGUUGCGGUUAAUACCGGAACAAAUGUAACUAUAAUAUCCAGUCAGUUUUCGAAGACACAAUCUUCAAGCUUAUCGACUCAUUCGCAGCAACAACAACUAAAUAACCGUAUUGGUGGAGGAAACUCUUAUUCUUCAAUUCCUUCAACCAGAAGCGGGCGUGUUGUUAGGGGAGGAAAUGGUGGGAGCAACAAUACAUCGAGUGAAGGAGGCAAUGACAAAACUGGUGGAAUCGCCUAUGAUAAUAGUUAUCAGAAUGCAAAUCGACGAGGGGGUUCCAAUCAUCUUCCGCGUUAUGCCAACCGUGGAACUUCAGGUGGUGGUGUUGGUAAUUAUAAUAAUACUAUCGGUAAUUUGCGUAGUAAUGGAGGGAAUGUGAUUGGUUCAGGUGAAGUUGGUAGCCCGAGCGGAUUCAAUGAUGAAAAUCGCAAUUCACAUCCACCAUAUGGAUCAAGUGUUUUAGCAGAGCAAGAAGUUGUAGUGCGACCUAUCAUACGAGAUGAAGAAUUGCAAAGAUUAGAAGCAAUUGCAAAGGACGAAGGAUGGGCUAAAGAUUCUGAAUUUGAUUAUAAUCAAAAAUUAGAAUUUUCUGAUGAUGAAUCAGAGUUAAAUCAAAUACCAACUGCUAUGAAAGUAAAGGAUAUGGCUACAGAUAUAAAUAUAAUAUCAGUUAAAGCAGAAAAGGAGCAGCAAGAACAUGAAAUAUUUGAUAAAUCUGAUCGUACUCUGGAUGUAAGUGUAGCGCAUAGAGAAAGAGAUCCAAAUCAAGACUCUAUGCAAAUAAAUUGUAGCAGCGGUGUGCGUAGUUUAGUUGGAGAAGGCAGUGCAAUCAAUGUAAACAUGACGGCAGGGGGAUUGGAUGCAGCAGAAGCAAAAGAGCGCUUAAAACAACGCCAGGAAGAGGACCUUAAACGUGAUAUUGAACGUAAACUGGCUGCCGCUAGAAAGUUACAGGAACUGGAAGAAAAGCUUAGCAGAAAAAAAACAGAGGAAUCAAUAGAUGCAAAAGCAGGCAAUAAUGAUAUUAGCAAAAGUGGUAAUAUUGCCUCGACUAUCAAUAUCUCUACAACGUUAGGAAACAAACUGGAAGAGGAAAAAGUUUUUGAACCUGUAUCGGAACAUAACAACGAACGUGUAAUAUCCGUUAAAAUUCGUGGAGGAUCAACUAAGCUCAUCAUCGGUUACGGUGUAUACGGUAUACGGUAUCACUAUCGGUUUGCAACAAUACCCUAA